UUUGGAACCGGCAUUCCAGUUAAUGUUUUUUUCAGUUUUGAUGGUUUUAAAUGAAGUUUGUUAAGUGUACAUACUGCUGCUACCUUCGUAACAACCCAUGCGAUGUUAUCCGUUGCCCAUUUCAAUGGUCAUGUCAGUUUGAGAGCACUUUGUAAAGAGGGUUGUCUGAAGGAGGUUCUGCGUAUUCUUCUAACUGCAAACACCCCUCCUGUACAUUCCUUUACAUGCAUUCAUACAUUGUACGCCUCCUUUACCGGAAAAACUCUUUCCAAGGGCAAGCAAAUCCACUCUUACAUCAAUGACAGCAAAUUCACUUUUGCGACAAACCCAGUUUUACAAAACACACUCAUCAACAUGUAUGACAAGUGCGGAAGCUUGGUGGAUGCUCGUAGAGCCUUUGACAACAUGGCUGAACCAGAUGUCUUGUCAUGGAAUAUGAUAAUUGCAGCUUACAGAAGGCACGGGUUUAUUCAGGAAGCAUUAACUCUGUUUCAUAAAAUGCAACGAACAGACGUACAACCUGAUCACUUCACCUUCUCUACUAUUCUCCCUGUAUGUGCCAAUCCGGUGUCUGUAAAUCAUGGUUUGGAGAUUCAUGGAAAAAUCAUUAGAUGUGGAUGUCAAUCUGAUGUUAUUGUGAUGAAUACCUUGAUUGACAUGUAUGCGAAAUGUCAGAGAGUAGAGACAGCCCAUGAACUGUUUGACAAAAUGCCUGACCGAGAUGUGGUCUCAUGGACUGCGAUCCUUGCUGGAUAUGCACGGAAUGGACUUUUUGAAAAAUCCUUGCAGAGUUUCAAGCAAAUGCAGUUGGCUGGUGUAAAGCCGAACUCGGCAACCUUUGCUACCGUGCUACCAGCGUGCUCCAAAAUUGGAGACUUGGAACAGGGUAUAGAGAUUCAUCAAGUAAUAGUCGAAAGUGGUUUUUCGUCAGAUGUUGUUGUUUCGAAUGCGCUGAUAGACAUGUAUGCGAAAUGUGGAAUCAUACAGAAGUCACGCGCUAUGUUUGAUAAAAUGCAUAAUGCAGAUGUUGUGUCAUGGACUGCUAUGAUUACAGGAUAUGCUCAAAGUGGUGUUCUUGACGAGGCUUUGAGGCUUUUUGAAGAAAUGCCUCAAAGAAAUGUGGUCUCGUGGACUGCAAUCAUUGGUGGUUACGCACAAAAUGGGCUUGUCGAUAAAUCCUUUGAGAUUUUCGAGCAAAUGCAAUCAUCAGGUGUUAAGCCAAACUCGGCAACCUUUGCUAGCAUUCUCUCAGCAUUUGCCAGAGUGGGAGAUUUGCAACAUGGCAUGGAAGUCCAUCAAAAAAUAGUUGAGAGUGGAUUGUUGUCAGAUGCUACAGUUGUAACUGCCCUGAUAGACUUUUAUGCUAAAUGUGGAAGCAUAGACAAGGCACAUGAGCUGUUUGACAAUAUGUCUCAAAGGAAUGUGGUCUCGUGGACUGCAAUUGUUGCUGGAUAUGCACAAAAUGGACUUGUUGAACAAGCUUUGGAAAUUUUUAAGGAAAUGCUUUCAGCAGGCGUGAAGCCAAAUUCAGCAACUCUUGCCACUAUUCUCCCUGUGUGUGCCAAAAUACGAUCUUUGGAAUAUGGUAUGGAAAUCCAUCAAAUAAUAAUAGAAUGUGAAUUUUUGUCACACGUUGUAGUUGUUACUUCUCUGAUAGACAUGUAUGCAAAAUGUGGAAGUAUACACAAGUCACGUAAGUUGUUUGAAAAAAUACCCCAACGAGAUGUGGCCUCGUGGACAGCAAUCAUUGCUGGAUAUGCACAAAUUGGGUUAGUUGAGGAGGCCUUGGAAAUUUUAAAGCAAAUGCAAUUGGCAGGUAUAAAGCCAAACUCACCAGUCUUUGCCAGCAUCCUUGCAGCUUGUGUGAAACACGGAGUUAUGGAAAUAGGUAUGGAGAUCCAUCGAAGAACAAUUGAAAGUGGGUAUUCGUCAGAUGUUGUAAUUGCAACUAGUCUGAUAGACAUGUAUGCAAAAUUUGGAUAUGUAAAUAAGGCAUGCAAGUUGUUUGAUGAAAUGCCAGAACGAAAUUUGGCCUCAUGGAAUGCAAUGAUUUUGGGUUAUACACAAAAUGGUCUUGUUGAAAAAGCCUUUGACGUUUUUAAGGAAAUGCAAUUGGCAGAUGUAAAUCCAAACUCAGCAACCUUUUCCAGCAUCCUCCCAAUGUGUGUCAAAAUGGGAGAUUUGGUGCAGGGAUUGGAGAUCCACCAAAAAAUAAUUGAAUGUGGAUUUUUGUCAGAUGUUAUCGUGGUGACUGCCUUGAUAGAUAUGUAUGCGAAAUUUGGAAGCAUACAAAAGGCAUCCAACUUGUUUGAUAAAAUGUCCCCACGAGAUGUAACAUCAUGGAAUGCGAUGAUUAUAGGAUAUGCACAGAAUGGCUUUGUUGAUAGAGCCUUGGAAACUUAUAAGGAGAUGAAAUUGGCAGGUGCAAAGCCGAAUUCAUCAACAUUUGUUAGUAUCCUCCCAGCAUGUUCCAAAAUGGAAGCUUUGGAAGUAGGUAUGGAAAUGCAUCAAAAAAUAAUUGAAAGUGGAUUUUUGUCAGAAGUUGCAGUUGCAAAUGCGUUGGUAGACAUGUAUGCAAAAUGUGAAAGCAUACAUAAGGCACAUGAAUUGUUUAACAAUAUGUCUCAAGGAGAUGUGGUCUCGUGGAAUUCAAUGAUUGUAGGAUAUGCACAAAAUGGACUUUUUGAUAGGGCUUUGGAUGCUUUUAAGGAAAUGCAAUUGGCAGGUAUAAAACCAGACUCAUUAACCUUCUCCUGCAUCCUUCCAGUUUGUGCACAACUUGUAGCUUUGGAAUUGGCCAUGGAGAUUCAUCAAGGAAUAGUCAAAAAAGGAUUUUUCUCAGAUAUUGUAGUUGGGACCUCCCUAAUAGACAUGUAUGCAAAAUGUGGAAGUUUACAGAAGGCUUGCACAUUAUUUCACAAAAUGCCUAAAAGAGACGUGGCCUCAUGGAAUGCAAUGAUUGUAGGGUAUGCACAAAAUGGCCUUCUUGAUAAAUCCUUAGAUUAUUUUAAAAAAAUGCGAAUGGCAGAUGAAAAGCCAGAAUCAUCUACUUUUGCCUGCAUACUUCCAGUUUGUGCCAAACUUGGAGCACUUGAGCAGGGUAUGGAGUUCCAUCAAAACAUAAUCAAAAGUGGUUUUUCAUCAGAUGUUGUAGUUGUGACUGCCUUGAUUGACACGUAUGCAAAAUGUACGAGACUGCGGAAAGCCCGUGAGUUGUUUGACAAAAUGUAUCAUCCAGGCAUAGUCUCAUGGAACACAAUGAUUGCAGGAUAUGCAAUGCAUGGAUAUUGCAAGGAAGCCCUUGAACUAUUUGAACUUAUGAAGCAUUCUGGAACAAAUGCAGACCAUGUAAGCUUAAUCUGUGUUUUAUUUGCAUGCAGCCAUGCAGGUUUACUGGAUGAGGGAUGUAAAUCAUUCAUUCACAUGAGCAACUCUUACUGCAUUAGACCUACAAUGGAUCAUUAUGUAUGCAUGGUUGAUCUUCUUGGUCGUGCUGGCUACCUUCAGGAAGCCCUUUUAUUUAUCAUAAAAAUGCCAAUAGAACCUGAUAUGGUUGUGUGGAUGGGUUUGCUUGGUGCUUGUAGGUCACAUAAGAAUAUGAGGCUAGGAGAAUUUGUGACAAGAGUCCUUCUUGAGUUGGAUCCUGGAAACGCUGCACCUUAUGUUCUUCUGUCCAACAUAUAUGCAGACGCUGGCAUGUGGGGUAAUGUUCAAAAGGUAAGGGUAUUGAUGAAAGAUAGAGGAAUUAAAAAGAUACCUGGGUGUAGUUGGAUUGAAGUCCAUAAAACAAUACAUAAUUUUUGUGUAUGAGAGCGCAUCAAAAAAUACAUGAGAUCUAUAUAAAAAGUUGUAAUAUCAUCUUGGGAGAUGAAGGUAUCAGGGUCUAUUCCAAAUACAAGAUUUGUAUUGCAAGAUGUGGAGGAGAAGGAAUUGCUUCUCAGAAACCAUAGUGAGAAGUUGACAAUUGCACUUGGAUUGUGUCUAGUGGAACAAUUAUUAGCUUGUCAAGAAUCUUCAAGCAUGGGGUAACUUACACACUGCAACCAAGUUUAUCUCACAAGAUUAUUACAAGAGAAAUUGCUGUCAUCGAUGUGGAACUUUUCCAUCAUUUCACAAACUGAAAUUGUUCUGAGGAGAUUGCUAGGGAUGCUAAGUGAAGCCAGCUGUAAGCAUGGUCUUGCACUAUUACAAGGUGCAUGGUGUCUAUCUUGCAGUGACAAGAAGUAAUCAGGUUUCAUUUAAAGUUUGAAAAAAAUUGUUUUAGUGUUUGGAGAGCUAAUCCAUACAAUGACUUGAUGAAAUGAUAUUGUGUACUAUGUAUUACUUACUGGAUAUUGUGGUAUACUGUAUCUGUUAAACCCUGUUGUAUGAUACUGUGGAGGAGUCAUAACGUUCAAUUGUUUUUCUCUUUCCAAACACUUGAGGAAUGUACUAGUACCCUUUAGGGAGGUCCUUGGUUCCUCGGUAAAGCUGAUCUUUUCUUGAAAAAAUGGUCUACAGGUUUUAAUGCAGCCAGGGAAAGCUUUAACAGUGUCUCUGUCUGGGGCAGGACUUCCUUAGGAAUACUGCGAUGAAGAGAUCAUAUGAGGAAUUACUAACUCUCUUGGUCAGUUUUUAUCAAUUGAUGAAGUCACGAAAUCUAUGAAACAAUCGAUUUUUGUCAGAUUUUGCAUAAGUGUUGAUAUUGAUAAGGUGCUGCCAAAUGCCAUAAAAUUGUGUCCCAAACUUGUGGUUUGGGAACAGAGAAUUCAUUAGGAGUCUUCACAGAUUGUUGAAGGUGUUUCAAAGAUUAAAUAAGCACCCUGCUAUGAGGAUAGAAGGGAAGGAUUCAGGCACCACUGUGGUCCUUAGGGAAUACUGAGGGUUUCCCGUUAGGGACACAGGUAAAGCUUUGUCUCCGCUUCAAAGUUCAUUGGUAAGAGCUCUAGACUAUAUAUCUGGGAAGAGGCAGAAGUACAGGAAAUAUGAAAGCAGAAAGCUGUAAAGUCAGAAGGAAAUAUUAGAGAAGGGCCUCCAAUGAAGCCAAUGCUUAGAUGUGAUGAGCAGAGCAACAGCAUCUCUAGUUCAUUUUAUCUGUCACAUUGUAUGGCACAUUUCUGGAUUAAUUCUAAUAUCUUGUGCCUCUCUCUGGAAUGAAGUUUUGUCUUAAAUUAUAUGCACCAAAAUACACAUGCAAAUUUAAAUUUGUCCUGGUGGAUUUCUGUCGGUUAUGAUUGUGGAAUACCGAGGACAUAUGAUUGGCUUAACUUCUAAAGACCGGUGUUCAAAUGUGGUUAUUUUAUUUCCUUAGUGAAGAAUAUAUAUAUAUAUAUAUAUAUAUGUAUAUAUAUAUGAGAAGUAGACUUACAUUUUUUGACAUGAUCAAACAAAAGCUUUUGGAAAAACUGUGAAGAUUUUGUAACACUUUCAGAUCACAGGAUCCAUCAGUAGGAUGAAAAAAGAUAAUGA